GUUGUUUGCUAAGUGUUUAAUUUGUAGUUGAGUAGACAGAGAGGAGUGUUCAGGGCAGUUUACAAAGCCAAAUUUUGUUCCUUAGUUGUUUCCUUGUUCUCUGUAACUGAUGGCUGAUUAUUCAGCUGGAACUGAAUCCCACGAGGUGGUCGUAAAUGUAACCAAGAACACCUCCGAAACAAUCCAACGCUCAGACUCCCUUGUCUCUGUUCCUUUCUUGCAGAAGUUGGUAGCUGAGGCGGUGGGAACAUAUUUCCUGAUAUUUGCAGGGUGUGCUUCAUUGGUGGUGAACAAGAACUACUACAACAUGAUAACACUUCCUGGGAUAGCAAUUGUUUGGGGUCUGGUUCUGACGGUGUUGGUUUACACUGUCGGUCACAUCUCUGGUGGCCAUUUCAAUCCUGCUGUCACCAUUGCUUUUGCCUCCACCAGAAGAUUCCCCUUGAUCCAGGUACCAGCUUAUGUAGUAGCUCAACUCCUAGGAAGCAUACUUGCAAGUGGAACUCUGAGACUAUUAUUUAUGGGGAAUCAUGACCAGUUUUCAGGAACAGUCCCAAAUGGGACUAACCUGCAGGCUUUUGUGUUUGAAUUCAUAAUCACCUUUUUCCUCAUGUUCGUCAUAUGCGGGGUUGCCACCGAUAACAGAGCGGUUGGUGAGUUGGCUGGGAUUGCAAUUGGGUCGACAUUACUGCUGAAUGUGAUUAUUGGAGGGCCAGUGACAGGAGCAUCAAUGAACCCAGCUAGAAGCCUAGGACCUGCUUUUGUACACGGUGAAUACAAAGGAAUAUGGAUAUAUUUGUUGGCACCUGUUGUGGGGGCCAUAGCUGGAGCAUGGGUAUACAACAUCGUUAGGUACACAGACAAGCCAUUGAGUGAGAUCACCAAGAGUGCUUCUUUCCUCAAAGGCCGUGCUGCCUCCAAAUAAUUUAUAUGAGCAAAUGGAGACACUCAAUAAAUUCUUCCUUGUAAUAGUAAUUAGAAAAAAAUAAAUAUGAAUGAAAGAAAUCACUCAAAGAAACUACGCUAUGCUGUUUCAUUUCCUUGUUUUAUGAAAGGUCAUGCACUUGAAUAUCAUCUCCCUCUUUUUCCUCUCUAUUUGGAUUAAAAAUAAAUGAUUUUUGACA